AUGGCCAGGCUAAUCCAUAUUCUAACGGAAAAGAAGGAGUGUCCAGAAUUCACGUCAUUUCAAAAUCUGGAAGCCAAACUGUGCGUUUUGCUGAUGAAAUUUCUCCAUAACACAACGUUCAAACAAAAUAUUUCGUUUUCUCAAAGGAACGCUCAAGAAAAAACUAUUCCGGAGCAUUCCAACGAUUUUGAGUUAUUGCUCAAGUUUGUUUUGGGUUGCUUCCAAAAAGUAGGGUUUUCAUUCUACUUUUAGCUUCUCAUUAUUUUCGAGCUGCUUCAUCCACGUGAACUAAUGUUUAAAAAAAAAGCGGGAAAGUUCCCAUCUAGGCCGAAAAAGAAGAUUUCCAAGAAAAAAGGAAGACCAAGAAAAGAAGAAAAACUGGCAAGUCGAGAGAGAAAAUCAAAAAUUCAUGAUCCGUACACCUUUUUACAAUGGGCUCACGUUUUCGAAAUUUCUCUCUUUUUUCAUUUUCUCUCCUUUUCAUUUGAAAACCGGUUUUUUGUUGAUACAUUGGUCCUUUAUGUGUUCCAUUACUUGAUAAAAUGGCCAUAAAUUCGUCAAUCGGAGCGUUUGAGAUCUUUUUUUCAAGAAGUGGCUUUUUUUUUAAUCAAAAUAAUCAAUCUCGAGAUCCCUUUACCAAGCUCUUGUGAAGGUUAAGAACUUUCGAACUCGGAAAAUAAUUUUUAAACAAACUGAGGCUCAAACAGAGUGGCCAUGGUUUUCCCAAGUAUAACUUUUCGAUAUUUGUUCUUCCUUUUUUUCUUUUUUUAAAGUUUGUUAUGAUUCCCAUUCCAUGAGAUAUUCGCUGAAAUAUCUCGUCGUUGAGUCUAUCGGUAAGGUUGUUAUUAUUUUUUAAAGUUAAUAAUUUUUUUAAUUCUCUGGAGCUGCCGUAUUUUUGGAUCUUUUCACUUGGCGUAUUUAAAAAUUCUCUUCCCAAAAGUUUUCUCUCAAGUUUCCUCUUUUUUUUUCGCAAGGAACGGAACUCAAUUCGAAUUGUUCCCACAGAAAAAAAAAAUGGCGUUUCGCAUGGCCCAGGGUGUCGUUAUAAAUGUUCGGAAGUCUAAUGUAUCAAAAUGAUCGAGUGUGAAUAAUUGAGUCGCAGGGCUGGCCGAACAGCUGCGAAACACGCGAGCCUCUCAUCAAUUCCGCCACGUUUUUUUUUUGCCUCAAAACACCUCCUCUGGAAGUCAAAAAUAUUUAAUGAUGAGGCAGUUGAUGAUUUUUCUAUUUAUUUUUUUUUUAUCGAAAAAACCUAACUCGUUUUCUAAUAGCUUUUUUCUUGCUUAUGGAAAUCUCAUAGAUUCAGGCGUGAUGCGGAGAUGACCAUCAUGGCGGAGAGCGACACCGAGUCGGCGACCGGCAGUCCGCGCCAUCUCGACGUACCUUUCGCCAACAGGUCCCUUCACAAACCUACUGUCAUUCGUUUUCAUGCCGUUAUCAAAGUCAUUUCCUCGAAAUGCAAAGUUAUCUCUGACUCUCCAAUAUUUAGUUAUCUUUUUCACACUUUGGCGGCUGUUCUGAACUUCGUGGAAUCACUUCGAACACGGCGUUAAUUCUUUUAAGUAGACCAUAUCAAAUGAAUUUGAUGAAUUAGCCAUAUGACAUUAAAAAUUAGUUAAACAAUUCCCAGAAAUUCGCCAUUCAGAGAAAAAUAAUCAGUAUAAUAAUAACUGAUAAACGAAUGCUUUUUGACAACUGCGCUCCGUUUCCCAUACUUCCAUGAAUCCAACGAACACAUUUCAAACCAAAAAAAAACUUCACAUCUGCACAUAACUUGCAAAAACUUUGUCAGGCGCCACCAGUUCUACAUAGAUAAAAAAAAAAGAUCUUCCGGUGCGUUUAAGUAUUGUACAACGUGGAACCGUGGUUACAGAAACCAAAAAAGAAAUGAAAAUGAGAAUUUAAGGGUUAUACUAAUUUAUUUUAUUCUGAAAUUUAUUUAGCUAUUGGCUUUUCACGUCAUGGAAAACGGUGACUUCCUUUGGCUUUUUGGCUUAUUUCCCUUUUUUUUGCUACCAACUCAAUUUCCGAUUUUUGGUCUUUUUGAAAACGGCGAGUUGUUAUCUUGAGUAAAAUGGAGAUUACAUCGGAAUCGAAAAACUCGACUAGGACGUGUUUGAGACGAAUUUUUCGCAGUUGGCAGGCCGCUUCCUUGUUCUUUUUGGUGUCUUGAAACAUUAGCUGCGGUGGUUCUCGCACGCAGUUUCCAAUUAAAGCGUUUCUCAAAAAUGUUUGUUUUCUUUGCCUUCCGUGGAAAAAGCCUUUCUUCUCGCCUUUUCCGACUCUAUUGCCUGCCAAACAGCCUAACGAGUCACUGCCAAAGUUCGUCGGAGUCACACUUCGGCUCCGAUUCCGCUUUUUCUCCUUUUUUCAUAAACCAAGUCGCGGCUUUUUAGGGAUGCACUUUUUGACAUCAAUUUCUUCGGCGAAGCGAAUCAAAAGGCAGUCGUCGCGUAUUUUGAAACAUAUCGAAUCAAACGCCAUGAAACUGCUUGAUUCGCCAUGAAGGCGUACAAUUUAGAGAAAAAAAACGAGGAGUUUCUGGCAAGAAAUGGGAAAUGUUUAUGCAAAAUUGGAAUCCUUUGCCCGGCCCAGCCGUUGUGUGACUUUUUGUUCACCAAUUCCAGACUUCUUGCUCUCGAUUGAUUUUCUAAGCUUCUCAAUAUUCGUUGAAAUGUACGUUUCACUUAUUUCUCCAUUCACUUACAGUGAAUUAUAAAUUUUCAUUCUAAUUAGACCGCUAAAAUAUGUAUGAGGGAGUUCGGCUGGACUUCAAUCAAUCUUUUUGAAAGGAAAUUUUUAUAAAAAGUGAUCCCAGGAUUAUUAAACUUCGCAUAUUGAAUCACAUAUUUUCCACGGUUCCAACUUGAAAAAGAAUUUUUUUAAUAGAUUAUUCCUUUCAUGCUAAGAAAAAAAUACCAUUGGUUGAAAUUCAUAAAAAAAUCUCCAUUAUGAUCUUUUUUUAGUUUUUUUCUCUAAAUUUUUUUAAAAAUCUCUAAAAAAUAAUCUACCAUUUUCUAGACUCAUUUCUAACAUCGAAACUAAAUCGGUGUCAAAAUUAGGACAAAGGUACUGUUAGUUGAAUUAUUCUGAAGUUUAUCUGAGCUGAAGUCAUUUUCAGUGAGCUUUCAAAAGAAAAAAACUUUCAGGAAAACACUGCGGUCGUCGAUAAUAAAACACGCGAGUCGGGCCAAAAGCCCUGGCCGGAAGACCGUCUCUUUUUCCUCCAAAAACAACGACAAGAAAAUCUCGAAUGGUCUGUAAACGUUUAAAGUCGGUGAAGGAUAGGUAUGGGUUUCAAGUAAACGACUGUUGGAACUACAUGCAAACGGGCAGCGAGUUUGUCAAACUACGGGGAACGAAUCGACAAUUUCGCCGGUUCUUCAGGUAUCAACGUAGUAGGGAGAUCUUAUCUGACACAGUUAUUUUCAGUCUCGAUGCGGAUUUAUCUCACAUUCGAUGGACGCCGACUAAUAAAAAGCCUCAUAAAGCUAGGAGUACGAUGAUCACUUUAUCAACAAGAUUUUACACCGAAUUUUUUGUAACAACUUUUCCAAAAAAAAGGAUUGAUUAAAUAAAUAUCGAGCUAGGUUGAAAGCAAAAAAGAAGAAUUCGUUGCAGUAGCGAUCGAUGAGAUUCGAGAGAUCCGUCUGGGAAAGAACACGGAGCUGUUGCGAUCCUCAGACGACGCCUUGUCAGACCUGCAGGAGGAGUGUCUCUUCUCCAUCAUUUACGGCGACGAGUACGAGACCCUCGACCUGAUCGCGGCCAGCGGCGACGACGCCAACAUCUGGGUGACCGGCCUCAUGGCUCUCACUUCCAACAAAUGUCCGUUUCCGCUUCUAGUUUUUGACUGAGAGGGCAAAAUUCAGAUGAGUGCAAACCUUCGAGUUCGGUUUGGGCAACUCUUCGAGAAAGGUAUUUUCUCCUUUUUGCAUCGAUUCCUGUCUUAAGGUGGCUUGAAUCCGUGUUCGACGAGGUGGACGUCGAAAAAAAAGGAUUCAUCGACGAAAAAUGCACGUUGAAAGCUAUAAAGCAAGUCAAUUCACGGAUUUCGUCGGCCCGUGUUAAGAACAAAAUCAAGGUUUGUCAGGAGCUUAACUGGAUGGGACUUCUUUCAAAUCAGGAGCUCAAUAGCGGUGCCGAAGAAAGCGAAAGGGGGAAGGUUCUCAAACGGGAGUUUGUUGAACUCUAUAAGGCAUGCAGAAAAUGACUUCUUUUGUGUCUCAAAAGUUAUUUUGUUGUAGGAAAUUGGAACUCGACCUGAAGUUUACUUUCUCAUGGUUCGAUACGCUAACAAAGACUAUCUGAGCUGUCAGGACCUGCGGCUUUUCCUGGAAACUGAACAAGGGGUUGGAAUCACCCUUCACAAAUUGACCUUCUAUCGUUUUUGAGAUGGUCGGAGUCACGACAGACUUCUGUGAAAACAUCAUCGACCAGUACGAGCCGGCGCCAGAGGCCAAAGAGAACAGUCUGAUGACAGUGGACGGAUUCACGGCAUUUCUUCUUUCUCACGAUUGCGGAAUCUUUGAUCCCAUCCACACGACACUGACUAUGGACAUGAAACAGGUGACUAAACCAUUUCUCAGGUAAUGAAUGGAUCCCUUCUAAGCCCUUUGCCCGGUACUUCAUUGCGAGUUCUCAAAAAACGUACCUCGUCGAAGACCAACAAGGACCCGCUUCUGCCGAUGGGUACGCCUCGGCAUUGAAAAGGAACUGUCGACUCAUAGAAAGUUCGUUUUUGGAAGCUUGCUCCAACAGGCAGAUGCACGGUUGCAGUGGACAUUUGGGAUCCGUGCGAGUCGAAAGGAGAAAAGGAGCCGAUGAUCCAGAACGGUCCGCUGGCUCUCAGCAAAGUGAGCAUUUCCGAGGCUCUGAAGACCAUUCGAGAGCACGCCUUCGAACGAAGUCGGUACCCUCUCAUCCUUCACGUCUCCGUCCAUUGCUCGCUCGACUGGCAGAAGGUCGCCGCCAAGCUCAUCGUCACUCAUCUCGGAACAAAGGUCUUCAUGAUCAGGCCGAAUGAAAACAUUUUCACAAAUAGAGUUCUGAUCUUUAUUUAGCUGGAGGCAUUUUUUAUAACAACAAAUCAUAAAAAAAAAUAAGAAAUUAACGAAAAAAAAGACAAGGCAGACAGUUCCAACCCGUUCCGGAAAAUAUAUGAUAGAAAGUCAAGUCCGGCAACUGUUCAUUUCGUUGACUUGGCGUUUUUCCUGUUAUUAUAGAGAGUUCGAAAAUCGAUUUUUCCUAGCCAAUAUUAUUUCUUCAGCUGUACUUGCCAAGUGCGGACCCAACCAACUGGAAAGAUGAGAAGAACGUACCGACACCCUACGACUUCCAGAACAGGAUUCUGAUCCUGGGAAAGAAGCUGGUAGACGUUCUGGACAGCGGCGAAGUCUCCGAAGAGGACGACGGGGUUGCCAACUCGUCUCGUCGAAAAGGGCGCAAGUAUGAGACUCCGGGUCCAGUUUUCUAAGAAAGACGAGUCUAGAAUACGACUGUGCAAGGAGCUGUCUGACCUGGUUCCUCUGUUUUUCGACAUCAAGUCUGUCAGCGAUUUGUUGGCGACGGCGCCUGGUUCCACUACGAGUCAGCUUCCUCUUCCUUCGAAGUCUGGCAUUUUCUUAUUUCAGUGAACCCCCGGAAAAAUGUGGCAACGUUGCCAGAGGCGACUUGUUUGCGACUCAUGCACACUUACGCGUCAGAGUUUGGGCAUACAACGCGAGAUUUUUGCGUCAGGUAAGAAGCUUAAGUUCUUUAAAAACACUUGUUCGCACACAGAGUGACACCAAACGCUUCUCGUCUCGACUCUUCCAAUUUGAACCCUCAAGAGUUCUGGAAUAACGGAGUGCAGCUGGUUGGACUGAACUAUCAGACUCCUGGUCUCAUGAUGGACCUCCAGGUUGCAUUUGUAGCUGAAAUGAUGAAACGGAAAAGUUUCAGGAAGGCAAAUUUUCGGAGAAUGGCGGAUGUGGUUACGUGCUGAAACCCUUGAUAAUGAAGGACGACCUCUUUGUGCCGGGCGAGAAAAUCCCUGCGGCGCCACAGGCAAGACUGCUGUAGAUGUCUCUCCAGUCUCUCGUUCAGAUUCUUCACCUGCGCAUUUUAUCCGGCCAACAGCUACCUAGACCUCGAGGCUCCACAGCAAAGGUCGUCCUCAACUCGUCGCCCAAUUUAUCGCAGCCUGUUGUUCAGGCCGACUCUUCGGAUCCGUUCGUCGUCGUCGAAGUGUUCGGACUACCUGGUGACUGCGCCGAGGAAAGGACGAGAACCGUCAGAAACGACAGUACGUGUUCUUUCAACUUGUAAUGAUCCAGACCGAAAUAUAUUUCUUCUUACUUUUCCAACAAGUUGUGAAAAAAAAGGAUUUGAAACGAAAAGGGUAGUUAUGUUUACUUUUUUCUAACCAAAUUUCAUUUUAUAACGUUGAAAGGUUCAAUUUUUUGAAAUUUUCAGACAAUAAGCCCAGCUUAAAAACUUUCUCACUUUCUUGACAAAUUUAAAUCGUGGACUAAAUUGAAUUAAAGUGCCUGUAAAAAAAGAAGUGAUAUGCAAGAGUGAGCUUUCAUACAUUUUCCCGAUGAGCCCUCUCUAUAAUUAAAAAUUCCCUCUAUACGAAAAAAAACCCGAACCAAAAAAAAGCCAGAUUUUAGCUAAGGAGCGAUGAUUUGAAGUAUCUUACGGAGGAUUCUUCCAACAGGAAGGUUAAUGGAGAAAGUGCAGGCAACAAUCCUUCGUUCGACGAGUCGUUCCAGUUCCAAGUUUGUGUGCCGGAGCUGGCCCUGGUCAGAUUUUUGGUGCUCGACGACGACUACAUCGGCGACGACUUCAUCGGCCAGUACACGAUUCCCUUCGAGUGUCUUCAGCCAGGUCCCUUUCCGGUUCGGGAAGUUCGACGCUUCAGUUCCAGGCUACCGACACGUCUCUUUGCUGAAUAAUGAGGGCGAUCCUCUGGAGAACGCGACGCUCUUCGUUCACAUCGCCAUCACGAACCGUCGAGGCGGCGGGGUUUGUCUAUUCUCAACAAGUGUUAGGCCUAGAAACUGGGUUGGAAAACAGUCAGCCUUCUUUUUAUUUGAUUAUACUUUAUCCGUUCCAUAUAAUAUGCUAAUUUCCUGAUUCAAAUCGCCUGAAUAUGGACCAUAUUCAGGCGAUUUGAAUCAGGAAAUUUUCGAAAGCUCGAUCCAUGAAAUUUUCCAUGCAUCGAUGGAAAAGAGAAGAAAGAAGGAAAAUGGAAGCCAUAAUGUAUUAAAGAACGAGACACUUAGGAGUUCAAAGUACAUUAAUGGGAAAUUUGCGUCAUGGAAGAUCGAAUUUCCUGUUUCAUACGAAAUUUUCCCAAAAUAAAAGCGAGAAAACUCGGAGAACAUUUACUAAUAGCAGAUAAUUUUUACAAUUGAAUCAAAUUUUUCUUUGAUAUGCCGCUUUUGAUGCGCGCCAAAAAUUCCUUCUAUAUAAUUAUUUUUCUAUAAGUUCUAUGAUACUUCUGUGAAAGUUAACAGUGAAACCUUCUUUAUUUUUUUCAUUAGGCAGAAAAAUCGGAUCGAAAUCAAAAAUCUUUGUAUGUUGAAAAAAAUGAUAUAAUAGAUUUAUAAUAAGCAAAUUUCGAUAUAGGAAGCUUUCAUUAAAUAAUAAACGAGACUACUCCUCAAAAUAUUCCAGAAAGCUUUUUUUCACAAGUUGAGAAAAGCGAGUUAUUUUUUCCUUGAUACCAUAACUACAUUUCUCACUUACUCUCUACUCAUUCGACCAAGUUUUCGGAAGAGACUAUAGUUGGAAACGAGAAAAGUAGGCGUGACCCCGACGACAUUUGCAGAAGGCCAAGAAGCGAGGAAUGUCUGUGAAGCGCAAGAACUCGCGCAUAUCCUCCGGUAUGAAGCUCGUUGGCAUCAAGUUCGUCGACGACCAGUUCAAAGUCGCCGUCGCUCCGCUCGCCGAGUCGAUCGCCAUGCGCAACCGUCUGGAGGCGGCCAUGGUGAGUUUUUGUCAAUAAUUAAAAAUUUAUUCUUUUUUCCUGACAGUAGUUUAUUUUCACUCUAACUCCAACACCGUUCUGAAAAAUGUUGAUUCAAACAUGUCUUUGACUAGAAAGCAUUUUGUGAAUGUACAGGAACCAACGAAUUCAGGUGGAUUGGCAAGAGGAGUGUGGACUUGGUCCGGCCGGAACCAUUCGGCAAGGGAUCCGACUGAUACAUUCCCGCAUGAUGACUCUCGCUGUCAACUGUGAGUGUGUUUCUGAACUACAUACUCGGGCAAAGUCGGAAUGGUCGCUGAAAGGGAGAGGCUCAAAAAAGUUCGCAUGAAGGCAGCAAAAAGAUUCUCUUUAUCGAGCCUUCCAUUUUUUCUAGAGCCUCAAAGUCUCAAGAAUAGGAGGAAAAGGGAGAGGCAGCAAAAAAUUGUGCAUACGAUCCGAUAAAAUGGUGCAAAAACACAGAAAAAAAAAGAAGCCUUUGUCACCCUAAAAGGAACAUUAUUUGAAUCCUUUUGCGAUCCUUUCCGAAUUCGUCUAUGUAGAAGCCUCAGAAGCCAUAAACGCCAUUCAGCGCGACGAAAUAGUUCGACAUUAGCAAAUUGGCCUAUUUCCAUCAAGCAGUUGCUAUCACGUCGUGGGUAACAAGCAACCUAUAUCCUUUCCCAUAAACAAUAUGUGGCGAGUUUUCGUUUCAAAGUACAAGGAGAACCUUUCUCUCGCCGUCUUUGGGCUCAAAUUUGUGCUCUUUUUGAAACACUUUGAAGACAUUUGAGUAGUGACGAGAAAGUAAUCUCAAUUGAAUAACCUCCUUCCCUGCAAAUCAUUGCACCCUAUAGAUUUUCAUUUUUUUUUUUUUCUUAUCAAUGUUUUUUUUUUUACAUUUUUUUCUUCAAUUUACAUUCUUCUGAAUUCAGCCUCGCCUCCUUCCUCUCCUUCCCUCACGUCCGACCACAGUCGUGGAGGUGACAACACUCCAUAUUUCUUCAUUGAUAGCGAUGACCAAGGGGUGAGCGACGGCAAUUUGAAAUUUUCAAAACCUUUUGUUCAAGUACCCUCUGAUAACGAUCAGCGGGAACUUGCCUGAACAAUUGCAAAGGACUUUUCACAAGCUCAAGUCGCUAAUAGGACACUGCGUGACCACUCUUUCGCAAGCUGAUCUACUUCUCAGCAAGGUUGAUCUGAUAGUAAUGUUUAAAAAUUAAAAAUCUCCACAGAUAGAAGAUUCCAUUCGAAGAAUCUCCGAAUGUCACGAAGAACUAGCCAAAUUAUGUAUCGAGAGUGGACUGAAAGGUCAAAAAGCAACAAGAGCAGCUGAAAACUUUACUUGGAAUCUUCGGUAAGUCUAAAUAUCAUACUUGGGCAAGUGAAGAAUAGUUUGGGAUGAAGACUCACCAAAUAUACCAAAAUAAGAUAUAAAAUAAUUUCUAACCCCAGGGUAGUGAUGAAAAAUAUAAAAUUAGGUUUUGACUUCGGGAGGUUGUAAUAAAGUUAGUUUAGGAAGACGCGGUAGGAGGGAUUUGCGGCCUUGAAAAUUGGCCUGCCCAUUUAUGCUUAAAAUUGAGCAAUAACAUGAAAUUUACACUACAAAAAACUUUCACUUUCAAAUCGAAAAAAAAGCAACUAACGAGGGAAGUGUGUGAGGUGAGCAUUGCAGAUAUGACUCAAAUUUCCGUGGUAGAUGGUCCUAGGUAGGAGUAUUCGAAAAUGAAAAGAAUUAUCUGGGAAGCGCCAUAGGGUAUGAUGUAUAAUAGCCUGUCGAAAAUGUACAGGAAAAGUUAAAAAAAAGAAUUCUCUUUGAAUGUUCUGUCGAAAAAAAAUUUCCGUGUUUUUCAUGUCAUAGUGAAUAACAAUCGACGUUUUGAAAAUCGAAAAACCGAAGAAAAUCAGUUUUUGAGCUUUUUCGUAUACUUUCGACGGGCUAUUUCUCAGUACCCAAUGGCGUCUGGCAGUUAUUUCUUUUUGUUUUCGGAUACUCAUACCUGCGACUCCCUAACACAGAAGUUUGGACCAGAUAUGAGAUGUUUACCUCACAAACUUUCCUUGUAAGUUAAAAGUAUUUUAAAUUUGAAAUUGUAUUCCUAAUUAUGUUUAUAUAAAUAGUCUGAACGAAAGUAAAAUAAGCAAGGGAAAUUUAACAUUUUACAGACUGUUAAAGGCUCAACUAAAUCUUAUGAAUAAAAGCCAGGAAGAAGCACAAGAUGUCGUCACGCAAGUAAGACUUUUUCUGGAUUAUUCGAAUCGAGGUGCGAUAAUCAGGUUUUCGACACGGGAGGAGUUCUUGGAAUUCUUUCGGACAAAUUGAUGAGCCGCCGCAACGGACGGCGGUUCUCACGCGUCGUGGCAGAUCCUCUCAAAGAUUCGGUGCUCUGA